UUCAAUUUCAAUUUCCGUUUUCAAUCUUCGGGGUUGCCUCUAUCUCUGCCCAUUGCAUUCCUUCUAUCAGUUCCUUCCUAUCUUGUAUGCCAAUCCCCACAAUAUUGAUAAAGCACGGUAAAAGAAAUACUACUAGGGCAUCUGCUAGGUUUUCCAACCUCACAAGUACUUUAUUUCACAUCAUAAACAUUUGUCUUCGAGUCUAAUAUUCAUACAAUUCUAUAAAUAAAAUUACAUUGUUGAAGACUGCUCAAGCUCACAUCACAUUUACAACAUACAACUUUUAAUUCUAUAUUUGCAGAUAGUCUAAGUUUUUAAUUUUUUUUUUUUUAUAAAGUAAUAGGCCUUGUAGUUGCAGUUCUUCCUAUGAUCCUAUCAUACCAAGAAGCUUCCAUCUUUGUAGUUACUGACAGUUGCCUACUUGCUAGUGACAGUUAACUUUAAUUCGGGUAAGUUUUUGCCAAAAAUGUUGACAUGUAUUUCAAUCUACAAAUUUCUCGCAAACUUUCACAUCUAGUGGAUUUCCCGUUGUCCCUUUCCUUGCUUAAUUCUGAAAUCAAAUCCUUUGUUGUACAAGGACAAUAUAUAGAGGCCUUGCAAUUGUAUUCAAGAAAUUCUCUUAAAAUUACCAGAUUCAGCUACCCUUCUCUGCUCAAGGCCUGUGCUUGCCUUUCAAAUCUUCAGUAUGGAAAAACUAUCCAUUCAAGAAUUAUCACCGCAGCCUUACACUAUGAUCAAUAUAUCACCACUUCACUUAUUAACAUGUACGUUAAAUGUGGGUCGCUUACAGAUGCAGUUCAAGUGUUUGAUAAAUUACCUGACAGCGGAGUUACAGUCCAGGAUGUCACAAUUUGGAACUCUAUAAUUGAUGGGUAUUUUCGUUACCGUUAUCUUAAAGAGGGUUUAGUUCAGUUUCAUCGGAUGCAAUCAUUAGGCGUUAGGCCUGAUGCCUUUUCAUUGUGUAUUUUACUCGGUGAGCGAAAUGCGCUUCUAGGAUAUAAAGAAGGGAAGCAAAUUCAUGGUUAUGUUGUUAGAAACUUGUUGAGUGGUGACCCUUUCUUGGAGACUGCACUACUUGAUAUGUACCUCAGUUGUGGCAGAACAACAGAUGCAUGGUAUUCGUUCAUAGAGUUGAAAGAUAAGAGCAAUAUUGUAGCAUGGAAUGUGAUGAUUGGAGGGUUUGGAGAAAAUGGUUGUUGGGAAAAGAGCUUGGUAUUAUGUAUUUUAGCGAAGAAUGAGAAUGUUAAACUUGUGUCAGCAUCAUAUACUAGCACUUUAAGUGCCUGUUGUCAAGGUGAGUUUGCGAGUUUUGGCAAGCAAGUUCAUUGUGAAGUGAUUAAGGUAGGUUUUGAAUAUGAUCCUUACGUCCGUACUUCUCUUCUGACGAUGUAUGCAAAGUGCCAAAUGAUUGAAUGUGCAGAAAAAGUUUUCAUUGAGGCAUCAAAUAAAGAAAUUGAAUUAUGGAAUGCAAUGAUUUCGGCUUAUGUUGGUAAUGGGUGUGCUUAUGAUGCUUUAAAAUCAUACAAAAAGUUGAGGUUUUGUGAAAUUCUGCCAGAUUCUUUCACAAUUUCGAAUAUUUUAUCAUCUAGCAGUUUGGUGGGGUUAUAUGAUUUUGGGAGGUCUAUUCAUACAGAUUUAGUGAAAAGACCCAUACAGAAAAACAUCACUGUGCAGAGUGCAUUGUUAAACAUGUAUUCUAAAUGUGGGAAUAGCAAUGAUGCUAAUUCCAUUUUUAUAACAAUGAGGGGAAGAGAUGUGGUUGCUUGGGGAUCCAUGAUAUCAGGUUUUUGCCAAAAUAAGAAAUACAGAGAAGCUGUGGAGCUUUUUAGAGCAAUGGAGGGAGAUGGGGUGAAACCUGAUUCUGAUAUUUUGGCAAGCAUCAUCAAUGCUUGUACAGGACUAGAGAAGGUAGAUAUGGGCAGCAUGAUGCAUGGAUUUGUUAUUAUAAGUGGUCUGGAACUGGAUGUUUUCGUUGCUAGUUCCCUAGUAGAUAUGUAUUCCAAAUUUGCUUUUCUGAAGAAGGCUGAAACUGUAUUUUCUGAUAUGCCACUUAAGAACCUUGUGGCUUGGAAUUCUAUGAUAUCUUGCUAUCACUGGAAUGGCCUUCCAGAGCUAUCCAUUGAUCUUUUUUCUCAAAUUCUAAAAAAUGGCUGUUCUCCAGAUUUUGUUUCCUUUACAAGUGUCCUUGUUGCUAUUUCAUCAGUUGCAGCACCGUUAAAAGGAAAGAGUGUACAUGGGUACUUGAUAAGACUCUGGAUCCCAUUAGAUCUUGAAGUGGAGAAUGCAUUAAUUGAUAUGUAUAUGAAGUGUGGAUUCUUGAAAUAUGCACAAUAUAUUUUUCUAAACAUGUCUGAUAAAAGCUUGGUAACAUGGAAUACGAUGAUUUCAGGUUAUGGAUCACAUGGAGAGGGCUUGAAAGCAAUAAGAUUAUUUGAUGAGAUGACAAAUUCUGGGACUAGACCUGAUGAUGUUACUUUCCUUUCUCUGCUGUCAUCUUGCAGCCAUUCUGGUUUGAUUGAAGAAGGCCUAAAUCUAUUUGAGUUGAUGAAAAUGAAGUAUGAGAUUGAACCAAGAAUGGAGCAUUAUGUAAAUGUAGUUGAUCUUUUGGGUCGUGCAGGACACCUAGAUGAUGCUUGCACUUUUGUGAAAAACAUGCCUAUUGAACCUGACAGGAGUAUUUGGCUAUCUCUGUUAUGUUCCUGCAGAAUUCAUCAUAAUUUAAAGCUUGGAGAACUGGUAGCAAAUAAAUUAUUGGCGCUAGAACCGAGCAGUGGCAGCAAUUAUGUUCAACUAUUGAAUCUUUAUGGAGAAGCUGAAUUAUGGGAUAGAGCAGCACAUGUAAAGACAUCAAUGAAAGAAAAAGGAUUGAAGAAGACUCCUGGAUGCAGUUGGAUUGAAGUGAAAAAUAGGGUUGAUGUUUUCUUUUCUGGUUAUUCUUCAUCUCCAAGAACAGAAAUCAAUGAGACAUUGAGUAGUCCUAGGAGGAAAAUGAUUAAGCAAGGAGGUUAUUAAGAAGGUAUUAAGGUAUUGUAAGGAAGUAGUCCACAUAAGCCAUCUAUACCUUAUUCACAAGUCUUUAGUUUUACCUGCUCAUCUGCAAUGAAAGGUUUUAAUGUCCUCUACAAAUGAGUGGAAAAAGUUGCCCUGUUAUCUAAGAAAGACCAGAAAAAAAUUUAUUUCAAGAUUUAAAUUUUGUUAAAGAAGUAAUUUAAUAGGCAGAAAUCAAAACUGGGAACUUUCCAAGGCUUAACUUCAGCCACUUGGUUGAAGCCUCAUCAGUGUAGUUAAAUAUAUACAGUAAAACAAUUUUUUAUCUGUUCAA